UGACGUGAUUCCGCCCACACCGCCCCCCAGUAAGUCGAGCGCGCAGCGCGGGGGCGGUGCCUGGCCGGCCGCCGCCUCCCCUCGGCGUUCGCGCAGCCGGUCUUUGUCCGGGCGUAGCGCUUUGUUCUCGGCGCCCGUCCCUAGGUCGGCCGGGUGCGCCGACCAGCAGCUCUGCGCCGAGCUGGCGUCGUCCUCGCCCCCGUCGCCGCCGCCCCCCGCGCGCGGCCGUGCCCUGCCCCCCACGGUGUCGCGGUCCGAGCCCGAGGGCGAGGCCAUGGACGCCGAGCUGGCGGUGGCCCCGCCGGGCUGCGCUCACCUGAGCAACUUCAAGGUUGACAACUGGAAGCAGAACCUGCGGGCCAUCUACCAGUGCUUCGUGUGGAGCGGCACGGCGGAGGCCCGCAAGCGCAAGGCAAAGUCCUGCGUCUGCCAUGUCUGCGGCGUCCACCUGAACAGGCUUCAUUCUUGCCUCUACUGUGUCUUCUUUGGCUGUUUUACAAAGAAACAUAUUCACGAGCAUGCGAAGUCAAAACGGCACAACCUGGCCAUCGAUCUGAUGUAUGGAGGCGUAUACUGCUUUUUGUGUCAGGACUACAUCUAUGACAAAGACAUGGAAAUAAUCGCCAAAGAGGAGCAGCGGAAAGCUUGGAAGCUGCAAGGCGUUGGAGAGAAGUUCUCAACUUGGGAACCAACCAAACGGGAGCUUGAACUGCUGAAACACAACCCGAAGAGGAGGAAGAUCACCUCUAACUGUACCAUAGGUCUGCGAGGGCUGAUCAACCUGGGGAACACGUGCUUCAUGAACUGCAUCGUCCAGGCUCUGACCCACACGCCGCUCCUCCGGGACUUCUUCCUGUCGGACAGGCACCGCUGUGAGAUGCAGAGCCCCAGCUCCUGUCUGGUCUGUGAGAUGUCCUCCCUCUUUCAGGAGUUUUACUCUGGGCACCGGUCCCCUCACAUCCCAUAUAAGUUGCUGCACCUGGUAUGGACCCACGCGCGGCACCUGGCGGGCUACGAGCAGCAGGACGCCCACGAGUUCCUCAUCGCAGCCCUGGACGUCCUGCACCGGCACUGCAAAGGUGAUGAUAAUGGGAAGAAGGCGAACAACCCCAACCACUGCAACUGCAUCAUUGACCAGAUCUUCACGGGGGGGCUGCAGUCGGACGUCACCUGCCAAGUCUGCCAUGGAGUCUCUACCACAAUAGACCCCUUCUGGGACAUCAGUUUAGAUCUGCCUGGCUCUUCCACCCCAUUCUGGCCCCUGAGCCCAGGAAGUGAGGGCAGCGUGGUGAAUGGAGAGAGCCAUGUGUCGGGAACCACCACGCUCACGGACUGCCUGCGAAGAUUCACCAGACCAGAGCACUUGGGAAGCAGCGCCAAGAUCAAGUGCAGUGGCUGCCACAGCUACCAGGAGUCCACCAAACAGCUCACCAUGAAGAAACUGCCCAUCGUGGCUUGUUUCCAUCUCAAACGAUUCGAACACUCAGCCAAGCUGAGGCGGAAGAUCACCACGUAUGUGUCCUUUCCCCUGGAACUGGACAUGACCCCCUUCAUGGCCUCCAGCAAAGAGAGCAGGAUGAACGGACAGUACCAGCAGCCCACGGACAGUCUCAGUAAUGACAACAAAUAUUCGUUAUUUGCCGUUGUUAACCAUCAAGGGACCUUGGAGAGUGGCCAUUACACCAGCUUCAUCCGGCAGCACAAAGACCAGUGGUUCAAGUGUGAUGAUGCCAUUAUCACCAAGGCCAGCAUUAAGGACGUGCUGGACAGCGAAGGGUACUUGCUGUUCUAUCACAAACAGUUCCUGGAAUAUGAGUAGCCUUAUCCGCAGCUGGUUG